GGGUCAAUAUUUUCAGUUCUCAAUUUACCGUGUAGGCAGAAAGAUCUUAACAAAGAAAUGGUUGACCUUAAAAUUUUAAAUUUAAAUGACGAUUGUCUCUUUCUUAUAUUAAAGUAUCUAAGCAUUAAAGACCUCAUAAAUCUAGCGGAUACCUCUAUUAAGUUUCGACACAUUUUGUUGAGUAGGCCGCCUGCUUUUUAUCCAGUUUUCCAUGGAAACCAAGCCGAUGGCAAUAAGCCAGUGUUAUAUUACUCCUCGGUGGCUAUUAAACUCAUGAGAAUCGUAUCAAAUAAAGUGAAAACUCUGGGUGUGAUACAGGGACAUGGUUAUGACAGAGAGGAUCUUGGCAACGUCGUUCGAGAUUUUCGAAUUCUAACAAAAGCAAAAAACAAAAUAGAUCUGCGACAUUGCCUUGGAGAAAAACCCAGACUUGAGGAUAUGUUACGAUUUUCCUCCUAUACUCGUGACUAUUUGAGUGUAAACAUACCUUCUUGUAUUUGUUACCUUGAGGAGUUUUUUCAACUUAUUCCUGAUUUGCGGGAACUACGACUUUCCGGAUUCGCCAAAUGUUCAGAUUGUGUUCGACUUAUACUGAAAUGCUUUCCUAAGCUGGAUGAACUCUGGAUUCGGGGAACCUGUCUCAAACUUCCAUCUGAUUAUGAAUUGAUAUCACAGAUGGGCUCUUUAACGAGACUCUCACUUAAUGUUGGUGGACCCAAUUGCUUAGCACCUUUGGCCAAUUUAACUGAACUUCGAUCUUUGUAUGUGGAGAGUAUAUAUAGCUACAUAUCCCCAGUAGAAAUUUUAGAUAUCAUUCAGAAGUGUAAGAAGUUGGAGUUUCUGUACUGCUAUUAUAUAAAUCAUGGUCAACAGCCCCAUGAUUCCAUUGCAAAUCUCUUUAGGAGAAUUAAGUCGAUCCGAGACCCAAGCCAACAGAAUCCACUUCAGUUGCAUACAUAUUUGGACCCACCUUUGUCUGAAGAAAAUAAAAAGCUGAUCGAUAAGGCUUACUUCGAAUAUCGCCGCCAGCCCUAGAAUUUUAACCCAAUAUAUUAAUUUUAAAUAGAAACCGAUAUUUCAUCUAUAUCUAACUAUUAUUAAAUUAUCUUUUUUU